UCGUGGAGCCGGCGGGGAAGCGCCGACGCCGCGUUGGGCUCCAGUGGCUGACCCGAGCGCCGGGCCGUUUCCUCUGCCCGUCUUCCGGGAAGCUCCGUCCGCGGGCUCCGGGCUGGGCAUCGGCCGCGGGCCGGCCCGUCCGUCCGGGAAGCGCCAUGGCCGGCUACGUGCCGGGCCAGCUGCCGCUCAACCGCAGCCAGGAGAAGGAGUUCGUGCAGGCCUACGAGGACGUGCUGGAGCGCUACAAAGAUGAACGGGAUCGGGUCCAGAAAAAGACCUUCACAAAAUGGGUGAAUAAGCACCUGAUGAAGGUGCGCAAGCACAUCAAUGACCUCUACGAGGAUCUGCGAGAUGGCCACAACCUCAUCUCCCUGCUGGAGGUCCUUUCAGGCGUCAAGUUGCCUCGAGAAAAGGGGAGGAUGCGCUUCCACCGCCUGCAGAACGUACAGAUUGCGCUGGACUUCCUCAAACAGCGUCAGGUGAAACUGGUGAACAUUCGUAAUGACGACAUCACCGAUGGGAACCCGAAACUUACCCUGGGUCUGAUCUGGACGAUUAUCCUUCAUUUCCAGAUCUCUGACAUCUACAUCAGUGGAGAGUCGGGGGACAUGUCUGCUAAGGAAAAGCUCCUUUUGUGGUCACAGAAAGUGACGGCUGGUUACGUGGGACUCAAGUGCACCAACUUCUCUUCCUGUUGGAGUGACGGGAAGAUGUUCAAUGCCGUCAUCCAUAGAUAUCGACCAGACCUUGUGGACAUGGAGAGAGUUUACCUUCAAAGCAACCAAGAGAACCUGGAACAGGCCUUUGAGAUUGCUGAGCGGCUUGGGGUCACCAGGUUGCUGGAUUCAGAAGAUGUUGAUGUCCCUUCACCAGAUGAAAAAUCUGUAAUCACUUAUGUGUCUUCAAUUUAUGAUGCCUUCCCCAAAGUCCCUGAGGGAGGAGAAGGAAUUAGUGCCACUGAAGUGGACACAAAGUGGUUAGAAUAUCAAACCUGUGUAGAAACACUCAUCAGCUGGAUCAAGCAGCAUACGAUACAGAUGUCUGACAAAUCUUUCCCCCAAAACCCUGUAAAGCUCAAGGCACUUUAUAACCAGUAUAUCCACUUUAAAGAAACAGAAAUACCAACCAAACAGUUAGAAAAAAGAAGCAUUGAAGAGUUAUACAAAUUGCUGGAGGUUUGGAUUGAAUUUGGCCGACUGAAGCUGCCGCAGGGCUACCAUCCCAACAAUGUGGAAGAAGAGUGGGGAAAGCUGAUCAUAGAGAUGCUGGAGCGCGAGAAGCUGCUGCGACCGGCUGUGGAAAGACUGGAGCUGCUGCUGCAGAGAGCAAACAAGAUUCAGAAUGGGACCCUCAGCUGUGAGGAAAAGCUCACCUUGGCAAGGAACACGCUGCAGGCGGAUGAAGCCCACUUGGAGUCGGGCCAGCCGGUGCAGUAUGAAUCUGACGUCGUCAUGUACCUCCAGGAGUGCGAGGGACUCCUCCGACAGCUGCAGGCAGAUGUUCAGAUACUCCGGGAUGAGAACUAUUACCAGUUGGAGGAGUUGGUCUUCAAGAUUGUGCGGCUUCAAGAUGAAUUGGUAACUUUGAGGCUGGAAUGUACCAAUCUUUACCGGAAAGGUCACUUCUCCUCCCCCUCCUCCUUGGACUUGGCACAGCCUUCCUCCUUGAGCACCAGACAGGUGAAGACGGAACCUCUGCUAAAAGGAACGAUUGCCCCUCCUGCCUCUGCCUCCUGGAUUCGGAAGCCAAUGACUCGCAUGGAGUUGGUGUCCAUUUCAUCCUCUGAAGACGAGGGCAGCCUCCGCUUUGUGUAUGAGCUGCUCUCUUGGGUAGAAGAGUUACAGAUGAAGCUGGAGCGAUCUGAGUGGGGGAAUGACUUGCCCACCGUGGAAGCCCAGCUGGAGGUUCAGCGCCAGGUUCACAGUAGCGUCGAAGGCACGGGCUCCAGUGUGAAGGAGGCCAGGAUGUACGAGGGUAAAAUGUCUUCAAAUUUUCGUGCUAGCUAUACUGAAACCCUAGGGAAACUGGAGACGCAGUACUGCAAACUGAUGGAGACAUCCAGUUUCCGACUACGCCACCUCCAAAGUUUGUAUGAGUUUGUAUCACAAGCGACAACUGAAUUAAUUUGGCUAAAUGAAAAGGAGGAGGAAGAGCUCGCCUAUGACUGGAGUGAAAACAACCCUAACCUGACAACGAAGAAGAAUUACUUCUCAGAGCUGACAGAGGAGCUGGAGGAGAAGCAGGACGUCUUCCGUGCCCUGCAAGAUUCUGCCGAACUGCUCUCAUUGGAGAAUCACCCUGCCAAGCAAACGGUGGAGGCCUACAGUGCUGCAGUUCAGACGCAGUGGCAUUGGAUCAAGCAGCUAUGCUUGUGUGUGGAUCAGCACUUGAGGGAGAACACCGCCUACUUCCAGUUCUUUGGCGAUGCUCGGGAGUCUGAGAUGUUCUUGAAGAACCUCCAGGACAACAUCAAAAGGAAGUAUUCUUGUGACCGCAAUACCAGCCUGACCCGCCUGGAGGACCUGCUCCAGGAUUCCAUGGACGAAAAGGAGCAGCUCAUCCAGUCCAAGAGCUCCGUGGGCAGCUUAGUGGGAAGGUCCAAAAGCAUCGUCCAGCUGAAGCCCCGGAACCCCGAGAGCCCUUUGAAGAGCACCAUCUCCGUGAAGGCGGCUUGCGAUUACCACCAAAUUGAGAUCACCAUCUGCCGCAACGACGAGUGUGUGCUGAAAGACAACGCUCAGCGAACCAAGUGGAAAGUGAUCAGUCCUGCUGGGAAUGAGGCCACGGUGCCCUCGGUUUGCUUCUUGGUUCCCCCUCCCAACAGAGAGGCCAUCGAAAUGGCCAGCAGAGUGGAGCAGCUCUACCAGAAGGUGAUGUCCUUGUGGCACCAGCUGCAUGUCAACAUGAAAAGCCUGGUCUCCUGGAACUACUUGAGGAAGGACAUCGCUUUGGUGCAGAGUUGGAACCUGGAGAAGCUGCGGGCUCUGGCCCCAGGAGAGUGCCACCACGUUGUGAAGAACCUGCAGGUGCACUUUGAAGACUUCUUGGAGGACAGCCGAGACUCAGAGAUCUUCUCCCUGGCAGAUCGGCUGCACCUCGAGGAAGAAGUUGAUGCGUGCAAAGAGAAUUUUCAGCGGCUUCUGCAGUCCAUGGAAAACGAGGAUAAAGAUGAGACGGCUUCUCGGACUUACCUCUCUGAGCUCAAGAACAUCCGGCUUCACCUGGAGGAAUGUGAGCAGCGGCUGGUGGGCACCAUCCGGACACCAAGCAGCACCAGAACCGACGGGGAUGCUCUGCAGGAAAACACUUUCCGAAUGGCCGAGCAGGAGCGCCUGAAGGGAGAUUUGCACCAGCUGAGAGUCGACCUGGACCAACUGGCUGAGAGAUGCCACAUUUUUUUGCACAAGUCUCCCACAGGGUCAAGUACACCACAACUUCGUACUGAGCUGAACCUGCUGGUGGAAAAGAUGGACCAGGUCUAUGGGCUCUCAGCAGUCUACCUGGACAAGCUAAAGAUGGUUGAUGUUAUCAUUCAGAAUACACAAGGAGCUGAAUCCUUGGUGAAAGGCUAUGAGGUGAAAUUGAGUCAAGAGGAAGCUGUGCCUGCGGACAUCAUCGCCAUUCAGUCCCACCGGGUCUCCUUGCAGCACUGGAUCAGUGAAGUGAACACCAAGAGCGCCGUCUUUGCAACUUUGGAGGAUGACUUGGCAAGAGCCAAGGGGGUAGCAGACCAGCUGUACCGCUUGAAGCAGGAGCGCAGCCUGGACCUGGAGCAUUACCAGGAGAAGGGGGCUCAGCUGUGGGAUCGCUGGCAAAGAGUCAACCUGCAGAUGGAGACUCGAAAAUCUGAGCUGGAGAAUAUUGAGGAUGUUCUCAGGGAUUAUCGGAACUGCCACGGGGCACUUGUCCAGUGGAUUGAGCAGACCACAGCCCAGCAGGAGCUGAUGAAGCCUGGACAAGCCGAGGACAGCCGGGUGCUCUCAGAGCAGCUCAGCCAACAGAUGGCACUGUUUGCUGAAAUAGAAGCCAAUCAAGCCAAUCUGGACCAGUGUCAGAAACUGUCUCAGCAAUAUUCAACUGCUGUCAAGGAGUAUGAGUUGCAGCUCAUGACCUACCGUGCCUUUGUGGAAUCUCAACAAAAAUCCCCCGUGAAGCGCCGGCGUGUCCUUUCCUCCUCCGAUGCCAUCACGCAAGAGUUCAUGGAUUUACGGACACACUAUACAGCCUUGGUCACAUUGACUACACAACAUGUGAAGUACAUAAGUGAUGCCCUCCGGCGCCUGGAAGAGGAAGAAAAAGUUGUAGAAGAAGAGAAGCAGGAACACAUGGACAAGGUGAAAGAACUCCUGGGCUGGGUCACAAGCUUCAAGCAGAGUCCACCAUUCAGAAGCAUCUCACCCACAAAGAGGAAAAUGCUGGGAGAUAUUGAGAAGUCCAUUUUGGAGCAGCAGGGCCUGAAUGAAGAGUUGGCUGCAAAGAAGGAGGAAGUCUCAGAAGCUAUAAAAACUACUCAAAUAUUUCUUGCAAAGCAUAACAACAAGCUUUCAGACCAGGAGAAGGGGCAGAUUUCAGUCCAGCUGGAUGCUCUCAAAGAAACUUACGACCAGCUCUGCUGUGAUUCCACCGAACAGCUUCAGCAGUUGCAGAGGCACAUGGCUCAGGAGAUGGCACAUAAGACGCUGCAAGAACAACAAGCCAUACGAGACCACAAGCUGCAGGAGAUGUGCACCUGGAUGGCUCAGGCAGAGGACCGGCUGCAGGGUUCUCAAGCAGCCACCACAGGGGCAUCGGGAGAAGACCUCUCUGUCCUGGAGCAAAGCCAGAAAGAUGUGGCCGACUUGUGUCGGAGUCUGCACAGCCGGACUGCUUCCUUCACGAGCAUCUUGAAGGCGACAGAGGACUUUCUGGAGGAGAACAGAAUCAAACUGCCCCUUGGAGAGCUGGAAUCCCUGCAAGAAAAGCUCCACCAGGCUCAGGGCCAGUAUCUGUCUCUGCAGGAAAGGCUGGAGGCCGCCCAGAAGGAGCUUGAAAGUGCUGUGAGCUCUGUGGUGCAACAACAGACAGAAAAGGUUAGAGUGAUUAAAGACUUUGAAGAAAAUCAGAAUAAGAUUGAAUCCCUUCUACAUUGGGUGGCAUCGGUGAAGAAGUCUAGAGGGGCCCCAGAAGGUAAAUUGUGGCCAGUGGGAAAAGAUGGUGGAAGCCGUGGAGGCGGAAGAGUCCAAGGUGCCCUUGAUGACCAUUUGUUGGAAAUGGUUGAAGAGAAUCUUGAUUUGCACUACACGAGUUUGAAGGUCCAUCACCAAGAGCUCCUUUCCCACCAACAAGAUGUCAUUCUGGCCACACAGUCAGCCCAGGGUUUCCUGGACAGACACAACCACAAUCUUACCCUGGAGGAGAAGCAGGAUCUGCAAAGAAGGCUGGGAGAGCUGAAGGACCAGUAUGCUGCUUCCUUGUCUCAGACAGAGGGGCAGCUCAAACAAGUGCAGGCGCUCCGCGAUGAGCUGCAGAAGUUUUUGCGGGACCACCAAGAGUUUGCCGCCUGGCUGGAACAGGCCGAGCAAGACUUGGAGAAGAUGUGUGCAGGGGACGGCAGUCUGGAGUCCCUUCAGCCGGUGCUCCUCCAGCAGAGCAGCUUCUCCGAAGACGUGAUUUCCCACAAGGGGGACUUGCGUUUUGUCACGAUGUCGGGGCAGAAAGUGUUGGAUGCUGAGACGGCUGUGGCUGCUGCAAGAGGAGGGGAGCUGUGCCCUGAGAUAUCGGCCACCAGGACAUUAGUGGAGAGCAAACUGGAAGACGCCAGCAGGAGAUACGGCACCCUCCACUCUAAGUGCUCUGCCCUUGGCCUCCACCUGAACCUCCUGCUGGAUCGCUCUCGGCAGUUCCAAGAUGUAGCAGAAUCUCUCCGGUCGUGGCUGCAAGAGAGCGAAGAGGCUGUGACCCUCCUCCUGGUGGAGCCCAUUUCCUCUGAUCCGGCCAUUUUGCAAAGGCAGCUGGCUAACACCAAACACCUGCAGGAGGACCUUGCAGAGCAUCAGGUGCCUGUAGAAAAGCUUGAAAAAGCUGCUCGGUCCCUCCUGGAAAUAAGGGAAGCCCCAGUUCCUGACCACAGAGGCAUCCAGCAGACCACAGAUUCCAUUAUGAGCCGAUUUCAGAGCCUUUCCUGUCGGAUGGCCGAGCGCUCGGAUCUUUUGCAGAAGUCCAUUGCUCAGUCCCAGAGUGUCCAAGAGGCGCUGGAGAGCCUCCUUCAGUCCAUGGCUGAGACUGAGGAAACUCUCAAAGGGGAGGAUGGGUCUGCAUUUUCCUCCCUUUCCAUCCAGGAGGCACUCGCUACAAACACAAAGCUCAAGCAAGACAUUGCCAGGCAAAAGAGCAGCCUGGAAGCCACUCGUGAAAUGGUGACCCGGUUCAUGGAAAGCGCCGACAGCACCACCGCUGCCGCCCUCCAGACCAAACUGGCAGACGUGACCCAGCGCUUCAGCCACCUGUGGCAGCAGCAGCAAGAGAAGGAAGACACCUGGAAGAAGAUCCUGCCCCAGGUGGAACAGUACGAGCAGCUCUCAGAGAAGCUGAAACAAUUCCUGGAGAGCCGAGGGCGGAUGCUGGCCUUGGGAAACCAACCCGAGCAGGACAUUGUUCACUUCGCCCAGCAGAUCCAGGAACUGAAUUCCGAGAUGACGCAGCGUCAUGAGGAUCUGGACAACCUGGAACAUUUAACCACGGAGUUAAGUUCUUGUGGGUUGGUGUGGACUGGCUUCUCCUCACACCAAGAGAAGGUGCACAGUUUGCGGAAAGAGUUCACUCAGCUGCAGAAAGCCACAAAGGACAGGGAAAAAGGAGCUUCGUCUUGUCAAGAACAGUUGGAUGUAUUCCGAAAACUGGUUGGGUCGCUCAGGCAGUGGCUGGAGGAAACAGAGAGGAAUAUCCCAGCUCCUGAGACGUCUUUGGGCACACAGGAGUUGGAGAAGCGGAGGCAGCAAACAGAGGUCUUUGUGGAAGAAUGGCUAGCAAAGAGGAUUCUUGUGGAGGAAAUGAACCAACGGGGGACGGCUUUAGAGAAUUUAAUCGUUGAGAUUACAGCCCCAGAUGCACAAUCCAAGACAGGUAGGAGACUGAGAAGUGCGUUUUUGGGUGAUCUGGAGCAGAACGCGGUGAAGGUCCAGGCAGCCAAGGAAUCGCUCUCUGGACUCCUGAAGAAAUACCCUGACUCUCCAGAAGCAAGAAACUGGAAGAGGAUGUUGGAAGACUUAAAUUCCAGGUGGGCAAAUGCCAAGCAGGUGACAGAGGAGCGUCAGCAGAAGCUAGAAAAAUCAGCCAAUGAACUGGCAAGUUUUCAGGAAGCCGAAGGGCAGCUGAGGCCCUGGCUGAUGGAGAAGGAGCUGAUGAUGAGCGUGCUGGGACCCCUCUCCAUUGAUCCCAAUAUGCUGAAUGCCCAAAAACAGCAGGUGCAGUUCAUGCUGAAGGAAUUUGAAGCUCGGAAGCACCAGUAUGACCAGCUGAAUGAGGCAGCCCGGGGAAUCCCCACCAGUCCUGGUGAAACGUCUCCACCCCACAGCCAUGUGCAGGAGGAGCUCCAGGCUAUCAACAGGAAGUGGACCAAGCUUACAGAACGCCUCAACUCUCGUUCCAGUCAAAUUGACCAGGCCGUGGUCAAGAGCACCCAGUUCCAAGAGCUACUCCAGGGGUUGUCUGAGAAGGUGAAGGCCGCUGGACAGCGCCUGAGCACCCAGCCUGCCAUCAGCACCCAACCAGAGGCUGUGAAGCAGCAGCUGGAGGAAACCAGUGAAAUCCGGUCUGAGCUGGAGCAGCUGGAAGAGGAGAUCACAGAGGCUCAAGCCCUGUGCGAGCAGCUCUCGGUUCUCAUGGGAGAGCAGUACCUGAAAGAUGAGCUCAGGAAGCGCCUGGAAACGGUCGCCUUGCCUCUCAAAGGGCUGGAGGAUUUAGCAGGUGACCGGCUGAAUCGCUUGCAGACGGCACUCGCCAGCUCCCAGCAAUUCCAGCAGAUGUUUGAUGAGCUCCACACAUGGCUAGAGGACAGACUGAAACAGCAGGCAGAGAGUGGGCCAAUCUCAGCCAGGCUGGAGAGGCUGCAGUGUCAGAUUCAGGAGCAGGAAGAAUCCCAAAAGAGCCUUAACCAACACAGUGGCUCCUAUGAAAUGAUUGUGGCUGAGGAAGAAUCUUUGCUUCUCUCUGUUCAUCCUGGGGAAGAGAAGACAACCAUGCAAAACCAGCUGGUUAGCUUGAAAGCCAACUGGGAGGAGCUGAGCAAACAAAUUGCCAGCCGGCACGCCAAACUUAAGGAUUGCUUGCAGAAGGCCCAGAAAUACCAACGCCACGUGGAAGACCUUUUCCCUUGGGUGGAGGAUUGUAGGUCAAAGAUGUUAGAGUUAGAAGUCACUCUGGAUCUGGUGCAACUGGAAGCCGCUCUUCUGAGGUCAAAGGCCAUGUUGAGUGAUGUAGCAAAACGACGUUCCCUUCUAGAGAUGCUGAAUAGUGCUGCUGACGUCCUCAUUGAUGCAUCAGAAAUGGAUGAAGACGACAUUAGAGAUGAGAAAGCAGAGAUCAACCACAAGAUGGAUGUUAUAACAGAGGAGCUCCAAGCCAAGACCGAGUCCCUUGAAGAGAUGUCUCAAAGGCUCAAGGAGUUCCAAGAAAGUUUUAGGAACAUUGAAAAGAAACUAGAAGGGACAAAGCACCAGCUGGAGAUCUAUGAAGCUCUUGGCCCUCAGGCCUGCAGCAAUAAAAAUUUGGAAAAACUGAGAGCUCAACAGGAGGCUCUUCAGGCCCUGGGAGCUCAGGUGGAUUACCUCAGGAACUUCACUCAGGGUCUCGUGGAAGAUACUCCAGAUGGAUCAGACUCUUCCCAUCUCUUGCGCCAAGCUGAAAUUGUCCAGCAAGAUUUCAAGGGGGUGAAGCAAAAAGUAAAUGAGUGUUGUAAAAUCAUGGAAAACAAGCUUGAAGGAAUAGGACUAUUUAAUAAUCACGUUCGGGAAAUGUUUUCCCAACUGACUGACCUAGAUGAUGAGUUGGAUAGCAUGGGCCCUGUUGGGAGGGACAUGGACAGCCUUCAGUCGCAAGCAGAUGAUGCCCAGGAAUUUCUGGGCAAACUUCACCAGUUAAGACUGGAUAUCCAAGCUUCCGAAGAGAAAUGUAGACAGAUGCUGGACGAGGAAGGGAGUCCUGAUCUCAUAGGGCUGAAACGUGAACUAGAGACCUUAAAUAAGCAAUGCAUCAAAUUGACUGAAAGGGGGAAGAGCCGCCUGGAGCAGGUGGAGACCACGCUGGCUCGCGUCAAAGACUUCUACAACAAGCUCAAGGAGCUGAACUACAUGACCACCGCGGCAGAAGAGGGUGAAGCACUGCAGUGGGUAGUUGGGACUGAGGUGGACGUGAUCAACCAGCAACUGGCCGAUUUCAAGCAAUUCCAGAAGGAACAAGUUGACCCCCUUCAAUUAAAGCUGCAGCAAGUCAACGGGCUCGGACAAGGGCUUGUCCAGAGUGCGGGCAAGAACUGUGACGUCCAGGGCUUGGAGCAUGACAUGGAAGAGAUCAGCACCCGAUGGAACACCCUCAACAAAAAGGUGGCCCAGAGGAUUGCCCAGCUGCAGGAAGCCCUGCUCCACUGUGGGAAGUUCCAGGACGCCCUGGAGCCUCUGCUCAGCUGGCUGGCUGACACCGAGGAGCUCAUCUCCAACCAGAAGCCCCCCUCGGCUGAAUACAAAGUGGUGAAGGCUCAGAUCCAGGAGCAGAAGUUGCUGCAGCGUCUCCUGGACGACCGGAAAGCCACUGUUGACAUGAUCCAAGCCGAAGGCGACAGAAUCGCCCGGUCAGCUGAGCCAGCAGACAGGGAGAAAAUCGUCGGCCAGCUGACAAGCCUGGGAAGCCACUGGGCUAGCCUUCUCAGCAAAGCCUCAGCCAGGCAGAGUCAGCUAGAGGAAAUCCUGGUUUUGGCCAAGCAGUUCCACGAGACUUCCGAACCCAUCUCUGAGUGGUUGUCAGUGACUGAAAAGAAACUGGCCAAUUCCGAGCCCAUCGGGACUCAGACUGCCAAAAUCCAGCAGCAGAUUGCGCGGCACAAGGCACUAGAGGAGGAGAUAGACAGUCAGGCUACGGCGGUGACUCAGGUGGUCAGCAUUGGCCAUUCCCUGGCCUUGCUCAGCUGCCACGCUGAGCAGGCCUCCCUGGCUGAGAAGCUGGACCUGCUUGAGUCCCGGUACGCUGAGGUUUGUGACCGAUGCGGCCGGAAGGCGGCCCUCCUCGAUCAGGCGUUGUCCAACGCCCGGCUCUUUGGGGAGGACGAAGUGGAGGUGCUCAACUGGUUGGCCGAGGUUGAGGACAAGCUCAGCUUGGUGUCCGUCAAGGAUUACAGACGAGAGGUCCUGCAGCAGCAACACUCUGGCCAGCUGGCUUUGAAUGAUGAGAUUGUGAACCGCAAGAAGCACGUUGACCAGGCCAUGAAGAACGGGCAGGCCCUCCUGAAACAAACCACAGGGGAAGAGGUGCUGCUCAUCCAAGAGAAGCUGGACGGCAUCAAGACCCGCUACUCGGACAUCACCGCUGCCAGCUCAAAGGCUCUCCGCACGCUGGAGCAGGCCCGGCAGCUGGCCACCAAGUUCCAGUCGACCCACGAAGAGCUGACGGGCUGGAUGGGUCAGGUGGAAGAGGAGCUGAGGUCUGGGGGAGGACCCUCCCCCGCGGGCGAGCAGAUCCCUCGGUUCCAGCAGAGGCAGAAGGAACUAAAGAAGGAGGUGAUGGAGCAUCAGGUUAUCCUGGACACGGUGAAUGAAGUCAGCCACGCCCUCCUUGAACUGGUUCCUUGGCGAGCCCGCGAAGGGCUGGAUAAGCUGGUCUCAGAUGCCAACGAGCGGUACAAGGCAACCAGCGACACCAUCAACCAGCGGGUGGCGGAGAUAGAUGCUGCCAUCCAAAGGUCUCAGCAGUACGAGCAGGCAGCCGAUGCGGAACUCGCCUGGGUUGCUGAGACCAGGCGGAAGCUGUUGGCGCUUGGCCCAGUCAGGCUGGAGCAGGACCAGACCACUGCCCAGCUGCAGGUGCAGAAGGCCUUCUCCGUCGACAUCAUCCGUCACAAAGACUCUGUGGAUGAAUUGCUCAGCCAGCGAACGGAGAUUCUGGGAACUUGUGGAGAGGAGCAGAAAGUCAUGCUGCAGGAGAAGACCGAGUCUCUUCUGGAGCAGUACGAGGAGACCAGCCACCUCCACUCUGAACGCUACGCCCGCCUGGAACGGGCCCAGGUCCUGGUCAACCAGUUCUGGGAGACCUACGAAGAGCUUAGUCCUUGGCUUGAGGAGACCCAGGUGCUGAUUGGGCAGCUGCCGCCUCCAGCAAUCGACCAUGAGCACCUCAAGCAGCAGCAGGAAGAUAUGAGGCAACUGCGGGAAUCAAUUGCCGAACACAAGCCCCACAUUGACAAGCUGCUGAAAAUUGGCCCUCAACUGACGGAGCUGAACCCUGAGGAGGGGGCAAUGGUGCAGGGGAAGUACUUUGCCGCAGAAGCCGCCUACUCCCACAUCAAGGAAGAGGUCCACCAGCGGGCUCUGGCCCUCGAUGAGGCCAUCUCCCAGUCCACACAGAUUGCAGAGUUCCAUGACAAGAUCGAGCCGAUGCUGGAGACGCUGGAGAGCCUCUCCUCCCGCCUGCGCAUGCCUCCCUUGAUCCCAGCCGAGGUGGAAAAGAUCCGUGAGUGCAUUGGGGACAACAAAAAUGCCACGCUGGAGCUGGAGAAGCUGCAGCCAUCCUUCGAAGGUCUGAAGCGCCGGGGAGAGGAGCUGAUCAGGCGAUCCCAAGGAGCAGACCGGGACCUAGCAGCCAAAAACAUCCAGGAUAAAUUGGAUCAGAUGGUAUUUUUCUGGGAAGACAUCAAAGCUCGGGCCGAGGAGCGUGAGAUCAAGUUCCUUGACGUCCUGGAGCUGGCAGAAAAGUUCUGGUACGACAUGGCUGCCCUCCUAACCACCAUCCGGGACACCCAAGACAUUGUCCAUGACCUGGAAAGUCCUGGGAUUGAUCCAUCGAUCAUCAAACAGCAGAUCGAAGCAGCCGAGACCAUCAAGGAAGAGACAGACGGUUUGCAUGAAGAACUGGAAUUCAUCCGAAUCCUCGGGGCCGAUCUGAUUUUUGCCUGUGGGGAGACGGAGAAGCCAGAGGUUAAGAAAAGCAUUGAUGAGAUGAACAGUGCCUGGGAGCAGCUGAACAGAACCUGGAAGGAGAGGCUGGAGAAGCUGGAGGAGGCCAUGCAGAGCGCAGUGCAGUAUCAGGAUAACCUGCAGGCCAUGUUUGACUGGCUAGAUAACACAGUGAUUAAACUGUGCAACAUGUCCCCGGUGGGCACAGACCUCAACACUGUCAAAGAGCAACUGAAUGAGAUGAAGGAGUUCAAAACGGAAGUGUACCAGCAGCAAAUAGAGAUGGAGAAGCUGAAUCACCAGGGAGAACUUUUGCUCAAAAAAGCCACAGACGAGACCGACCGAGACAUCAUCAGGGAGCCCCUGACGGAACUGAAGCAUCUUUGGGAGAAUCUGGGCGAAAAAAUAGCUCAUCGACAGCACAAACUGGAGGGAUCUCUCUUGGCCCUUGGCCAGUUCCAGCAUGCCCUGGCUGAGCUCAUGGCGUGGUUGACCCACACCGAAGAGCUACUGGAUUCCCAGAAGGCCAUCAACGGGGACCCCAGAGUCAUUGAAGUGGAGUUGGCCAAGCACCAUGUGCUGAAGAACGAUGUGUUGGCCCACCAAGCGACGGUGGAGACGGUGAACAAGGCUGGCAAUGAACUCCUGGAGUCCAGUGCCAGGGACGAUGCCAGCAGCCUCCGCAGCCGCCUGGAGACCAUGAACUCUUGCUGGGAGUCGAUCCUGCAGAAGACGGAAGUGCGGGAGCAGCAGCUGCAGGCAACCCUUCAGCAGGCCCAGGGCUUCCACGGUGAAAUCGAGAGCUUCCUCUUGUGGCUCACCAGGAUGGAGAGUCAGCUGUCGGCCUCCAAGGCAACGGGAGGCCUGCCAGAAACUGCUCGGGAACAACUCAGCACCCACAUGGAACUCUACGCCCAGCUCAAGGCAAAUGAGGAAAUCUACAGCCAGCUCCUGGCGAAGGGGAGGCUCAUGCUUCUGAGCCAGGACGAUGCUGGAUCUGGAUCAAAGAUGGAGCAAAGUGUGGCUCUCUUGGAACAGAAAUGGGCCUUGGUCAGCACAAAGAUGGAAGAGCGGAAGUCCAAGCUGGAAGAGGCACUCAACUUGGCAACCGAAUUCCAGAAUUCCCUGCAGGACUUCAUCAACUGGCUGACCCUUGCGGAGCAGAGUCUGAACGUUGCCUCUCCUCCGAGCCUCAUCCAUAGCACUGUGCUCUCCCAAGUGGACGAGCACAAGGGUUUUGCGAACGAAGUGAACGCCCACCGGCAUCAGAUCAUUGCGCUGGACCAAAGCGGAAACCAGCUGAAGUUCCUGAGCCAGAAGCAGGAUGUGGUCCUGAUCAAGAACCUCCUGGUCAGCGUGCAGUCUCGCUGGGAGAAGGUUGUCCAGCGGUCAGUGGAACGGGGGCGAGCUCUAGAUGAUGCCAGGAAGCGGGCAAAACAGUUCCAUGAAGCUUGGAGAAAGUUGGUGGACUGGUUGGAAGAUGCUGAAAAUAAUCUAAAUUCUGAGCUGGAAAUUUCCAACGAUCCAGACAAAAUCAAAUUGCAGCUUUCCAAGCACAAGGAGUUCCAGAAAACCCUGGGAGGCAAACAGCCUGUUUACGACACCACCAUCCGCACCGGGAGAGCCUUGAAAGAGAAAGCUCACUUCCCCGAUGACACCCAAAACCUGGACCACCUCCUGGGGGAAGUCCGGGAUAAAUGGGACACCGUUUGUGGCAAAUCUGUGGAGCGGCAGCACAAACUGGAAGAGGCGCUUCUCUUCUCUGGGCAGUUCAUGGAUGCCCUGCAGGCCUUGGUGGACUGGCUCUACAAAGUGGAGCCCCAGUUGGCCGAAGACCAGCCUGUCCACGGGGAUCUGGACCUGGUCAUGAAUUCAAUGGAUGCUCACAAGGUUUUCCAGAAAGAACUUGGCAAGCGGACGGGCACCGUCCAGGUUCUCAAGCGCUCAGGUCGGGAACUGAUUGAGAACAGCCGAGACGACACCACCUGGGUGAAAGUGCAGCUUCAGGAGCUGAGCAACCGCUGGGAUACGGUCUGCAAGAUGUCCGUCCUGAAGCAGACGCGGCUGGAGCAGGCCUUAAAGCAGGCCGAGGAGUUCCGGACAGCCAUCCACCAGCUGCUGGAGUGGCUCUCGGAGGCCGAGCAGACCCUCCGCUUCCGGGGAGCUUUGCCCGACGACGCGGAAGCACUGCAGUCACUCAUCGAUGUACACAAGGAGUUUAUGAAGAAAGUGGAGGAAAAAAGGCUGGACGUGAACUCGGCGGUGGGGAUGGGAGAAGCCAUCCUGUCUGUGUGCCACCCGGACUGCGUCACCACCAUAAAACACUGGAUCACCAUCAUCCGUGCUCGGUUCGAAGAGGUUCUCACUUGGGCAAAGCAGCAUCAGCAACGGCUUGAAGCGGCGCUCCUGGAACUCAGGGCCAACGCGGAGCUGCUGGAAGAACUGCUGGCGUGGAUCCAGUGGGCGGAGGCCACGCUGAUCCAGCGGGACCAGGAGCCCCAGAAUAUCGAGCAGGUCAAGGCCCUCAUUGCGGAGCACCAGUCCUUCAUGGAAGAGAUGACCCGGAAGCAGCCGGAUGUGGAUCGUGUCACCAAAACAUACAAGAGGAAAGUGACUGAGCCAACUCAUGGCUCUUUCAUGGAAAAAUCCCGCAGCAACAGGAAGCCCUUGAACCAGGCAGCCCCUCCGCCCCUGCCGAUCCUCUUGCAGGCCGAAGCCAAGAACCCACGCAUCAACCAGCUCUCGGCACGUUGGCAGCAGGUGUGGCUCCUGGCACUGGAGCGGCAGCGCAAGCUCAACGAUGCCCUGGACAGGCUGGAAGAGUUGAAAGAGUUUGCAAACUUUGACUUUGAUGUAUGGCGGAAGAAAUACAUGCGCUGGAUGAACCACAAGAAAUCCCGUGUGAUGGAUUUCUUCCGGCGGAUCGACAAAGACCAGGAUGGGAAGAUCACCCGGCAGGAGUUCAUUGAUGGGAUCCUGGCCUCGAAAUUCCCCACAACGAAGUUAGAAAUGACAGCUGUCGCUGAUAUCUUUGACCGGGAUGGGGACGGCUACAUCGACUACUAUGAGUUCGUAGCUGCUCUGCACCCUAACAAAGAUGCUUACCGGCCCACAACGGAUGCGGACAAAAUCGAGGAUGAGGUGACAAGGCAGGUGGCUCAGUGCAAAUGUGCCAAGCGAUUCCAAGUGGAGCAGAUUGGAGAGAACAAGUACCGGUUCGGGGAUUCCCAGCAGCUGCGGCUGGUCCGUAUCCUGCGAAGUACGGUCAUGGUUCGUGUCGGUGGCGGAUGGAUGGCUCUGGAUGAGUUCCUGGUCAAAAACGAUCCUUGUCGAGCACGAGGCAGGACGAACCUUGAACUCCGGGAAAAAUUCAUCCUGCCCGAGGGCGCCUCUCAGGGAAUGGCGCCCUUCCGCUCCCGUGGCCGGAGGUCCAAGCCUUCCUCCCGGGCUGCCUCCCCCACACGGUCCAGCUCAAGCGCCAGCCAGAGCAACCACAGCUGCCCCUCCGUGCCGUCCUCCCCUGCCACCCCUGCCAGCGGGACCAAGGUUGCCCCGGCCUCAGGCAGCAAGUUGAAACGGCCCACUUUCCACUCCAGCCGGACGUCUCUCACCGGGGACACCAGUAACAGCUCCUCACCAGCUUCUUCCGGGGCCAAAACCAGUCGAGCCGAUCCUAAGAAAACGGCCAGUCGCCCCACCAGCCGUGCAGGCAGCCACGCAGGGAGCCGAACCAGCAGCCGGCGAGGCAGCGAUGCCUCCGACUUUGAUCUCCUGGAGACGCAGUCCGCCUGCUCAGACACUUCGGAGAGCAGCGCAACAGGAGGAGGAGGAGGAGGAGGAGGAGGACAGGGCGGCUCCCGGCGGGGCCCAGCCAAGCCCUCCAAGAUCCCCACCAUGUCCAAGAAGACGAGCACUGCCAAAUCUCCCGGCCCCAAGAGAUAAUGCGGCACCCACGGGAGGCCCAGCUUUGCACAGACAACAGAAACCUGUGUCCAGUUUUUAACCCUGCUUCAUACAUUGGAUGUAUAUUUAUUCUACAUGGGAGAAAUUAUAUUGUUAAAAGUGUAAAAGAAAAUUGUGUUAUGAAGCUGCCUUAUUUGGUUCUCUCUUUUUUUUAUAGGUUAUUUUUUUUUUCAUGUGAAUAUUUCUGUAGAUAAAACUUGCCUUCUUUGCAACGGGGGCCCCGGGGAAAACUGAAACAUGGGAGAGAAGCAAAAGGUCAAGAUGUGAAAAUGUAAAAACAAACAAAUGAUAUAAAUAGGAUUUCUGUGCAGUGCAGGAGAUGUUCCUGCAUUGUCUUUUAGGAUUGUUUCCUAAACGCAUCUUUAUAAAAAAAAAAUAACGUGCUGUUUCAGCAAGAGAAAUUAUAUGUAAGAGCAACAUCUGAAGAUCCAACGUAAGAAGGGAACUUGCUUUUCUUUCUCUCUCUCCUUGUUAAAUCACAGAUACCUCAAUAAGAGAGAAAUGCACGGUGAGGGAAUUUGUUUCCAAUUUUAAAGAUAAAUUCCGAUGGUUUUACCUGAAGAUAGCUUGAAAAUGGACCUUUGCACAUGCUUUAUUUAAAUAAGGAACUCCACUACAAUACUGUAUUUUGCAAAAGGAAACUCCUGUCAAGCUGUCAAAGAAUAACAUUUGGGGGGAAUUACAAUGGCAGAACCAUUGUAGGGAGGUAGAACCGUGUGGUUUUAGCAGCGAGGGGGGUGGGAGGAUCUUAAAUUUGCUCCUGUUUAGCCACAAGAUAACCCAUUUCCCAAAGGCAAACCACGAGUGAAAGAACUGACUUUACGUUUUACGUUUUAGUUCACAGACUGCAAUUAGGUGGCUUUCUUAGGCCGGUCUGGGCCCCUCCGGCCACCAGGACCCCAGAGAGCCUCUGCUCUGGAGCAGCCAGCUGCCUUUGAAACCCACCACACCCACCGCCACCGCCACCACGUGCUCUUGGGGAGGUGGAGAAGCAUCACCAGCAGACACCCCCCCUCCUUUGUGGAGGAAGAGAGGGACCACCCUGCAAAAGGGGCUGGGGGGUGACCUGGUCUUCCUGUAUUUAUUCACUUGUACUCUCGUCCCUGCUCAGACUGACCACAGUGCUGUGUGAUUCUCUCAGUUGGUUUAAUUGAGCCAGAACCGGAAGCUCUACCAAUGAAUUGUUUAAAAACAAACACGUUUUGUAUUAAAAUUGCUUGCAGUAAUAAAA